CGUACUUCCCCAACGCUGAGCUGGCAGCACUUCCCACCUUCACUCACUCAUCUCACCUUAUCGCACUUUUUCUGCUUUGUUUUUAUUCGCAGAGCAUCAGAAGGAGCUCAGGUAUAUAAUCUCUCGUUCCUUUUACGAAAAAGAUAUUUCUUCUAGUAUCAGUCGUUCCAACAGCCAUUUUCUUUUCCCCACUUCCUUGCGAACGCGCAACAAGCUAUCCAGAGCCAAAGCAUUACUUGCAUUCUUCGUUUUUCUCACUCUACCACUCUAUUCGACGCUCGAAUUUUCGUAGCAUACCUUCUACUACCGCCAAGAUGGGUGAAUAUCGUAUUGAGUUAUCCCCCAACAACCGCGCCACGUGCAAGGACUCUGAGUGCAAGAAGAACGGCGAGAAAGUCACCAAGGGCACUCUGCGUUUUGGUAGCUAUGUCGUCAUCAAAGAACAUGGGAGCUGGUCAUGGAAACAUUGGGGAUGUGUCUCUGGUCAACAGCUAGAGAAUGUCCGUGAACUGUGCCAGCAAGGUGAUGGCUCCUUCGAUUGUGACCUCAUCGACGGUUACGAUGAGCUUGGCGAACACCCUGACGUGCAAGAGAAGGUCCGCCGCUGUGUCAACCAGGGCUUCAUUGACCCUGAGGAUUUCAAAGGGGACCCAGAGAAGAACAAGCUUGGUGAGAAGGGCAUUCACUUGACUGAAGCACAGAAGAAGAAGAAGGCCGCCGCUGAGGCUGCCGCCACAGGAGAUGAAGAGAAGCCCAAGGCCAAAGGCAAGCGUGGACGCAAGAAGGCUGCCGAUGAUGAGGACGAUGAGGACGAGCCGCAGCCCAAGAAGGCUCGAACAUCCAAGACUGUCAAGGCGGAUGAGGAGGAGGAGCCUGCUGCUAAGCCGGCCCGUGGCCGCAAAGCUGCAAAGGUCAAGGAUGAGAGUGAGGAUGAGACUGCUGCCUCUGCUCCUGCUCCUGCUCCUGCCAAGAGAGGACGCAGAGCUUCAGCUCAGAAAGCAAAGGACGAAUCCGAUGCUGAGGAGAAACCUGUUCCUGUCAAAAAGGGACGAAAGGCGGCCACUAAAAAGGUAAAGAAUGAAAGCGAUGAUGAAGUUCUCGCUCCUGCUCCUGCCCCUGCUAAGCGAGGGCGAAAGGCUGCUACCAAGAAGGCGGCUACCCCUGAGGAGGAAGAUGUUGCGGUUGAGGAAGAGGAGCAAGAGAAGACCGCGCCAAGGACCAGAGCUCGCCGCAGCCGUUCCAGCAAAGCUUGAUUGACGCUUUCGUUUCCGACAGCGGGUACGGCAUGAGUACCUAAACUGUGUAGAUCGCAGGAAAGAUUAUGAUAUUUUCAUUUGUUGUCAUUGUUGAGAUCUUGGGAUUGGGUCACUGAAGGAUGUGUUACACCUUGUUUCAGAACUCUUUGCGAUUACUACGACUAGUGGGCAAGGGUCAUUUCGUGGAAGUGGAUGGUUUAGCUGCGCAUACAUGAUAAUCAGGGCAAGCAAUAAUUGAGUCGUUCUAUCACUGAGGGUCCGUGACGUGUGCGGCUCUGACAAGGCGUGGUCCCAAUGCCCAGGUAGGUUCUCUUGAGCCAAUCAUGGAGUCUGGAACUCAACAGAAUUGGUGGCAGAAGUCAGCAGACAUACAUGAGGUACCGGUAGUGUAUUUAGUAGAUUCAGCUCCGCCAAGUUCAUAUUUACAUCAAACUAAAAUAGCAACUGUGGAUGGGCCAUGAUGCUGCCCAGGUGUCAGGUGUCAGGUGCCAGGCUUCUUUGACUCAAAUCCACAAUGGAAACA